UCGAACCGUUCAGUUCUCUCUUGGUGCAGUGUUCUCAAAGAGAAGGAAUCCGUGAAUCUAUAGGAUCCGGCAGCAUGAAAGGAUUACUGAUUGUGGCUUACGUUGGUCUGCUAGUUGCAGUGGUUAGUGGAUUCCCGGAUGGUGCUCCGGCCGAUACAUGCGUGAAGAGUCGGUUCAAUCAACCGAAUCACGGUGCCGCUAGGACGCAGGAUGCCAGUACCAGCCCAUUCCGAAUAACAGCCACUGGCAGCUCCUAUGGACCGGGCAGUCAGAUUCAGGUUGACGUUAACGGACAUGAUGUGUUUCGUGGCUUUUUCCUGCAGGCCCGGGAUGGUCAAACGAACGAAUGGAUCGGCGAGUGGGUUGAAUCCCCAAACACGAAAACCAUUCCGGAGUGUUCGGCGAUCACGCACGCCGACAACCGGGACAAGGAGCGAGCUAGCUUCGUGUGGAAUGCACCGAAAGACCGUCAGGGACAGGUCUACUUCACUGGCACCAUCGUGAAGAACUACGGUACAUUCUGGGCGAAUUUGAUAGCUGAAGCACCUGCAGCGGCGCGCCAUAUUGGCUAACCUGGAUUUUAAGAAUAAAAUUCACCAAUUUGAUUUACCACAUUAGGAGAUUAUGUUUGAUUUGUAAAUAAAUUCAAUUACUGAAUAGAUACUAGUUG